CCCGACCCCACGUGAACCGACUCGAUGUUCUGUGGGUACAAAACUAGGGCUUUUCUUCUUUUCGAUUCCGAAAAAACAAAUCAGCGUUUUUCAGGUUCUGCUCUCGCACCCUUUUCCCUUCGACUUUCUCUAAACUCAGAAGCAGGAACAGUAAUCAUGCCGAAGAACAAGGGAAAGGGAGGAAAGAACAGGAAGAGGGGAAAGAACGAGGCUGAUGACGAAAAGCGUGAGCUUGUCUUCAAGGAAGACGGACAGGAGUACGCCCAAGUGCUUCGGAUGCUGGGUAAUGGUCGGUGCGAGGCCCAGUGCAUUGAUAAUACCAAGCGGCUCUGCCAUAUCCGUGGUAAGAUGCACAAGAAGGUGUGGAUUGCAGCUGGGGAUAUCAUUCUCGUCGGGCUUCGUGACUAUCAGGAUGACAAGGCUGAUGUGAUCCUUAAGUACAUGCCGGAUGAGGCUAGGCUGCUCAAGGCGUAUGGAGAGCUUCCAGAGGGUAUUCGUCUUAACGAGGGUAUUGGUAAUGCUAUUGAUGAAGAGGAUGAAAAUGAUGGUGAAGACUAUGUUGAGUUUGAGGAUGAAGAUAUUGAUAAGAUUUAAGGUUUGCAGACCCGCUAUUUUUCAGUGUUAUAUGCUAGCUUUACCAGUUUGGAGUUAUUGACAUCACUACAAGUCAAACUUGGAUUGGCAGCUGUACUUUUAUGGUUUUGUAUUUCCAGAUGGGCAAUUGGUCUUGUUCCAUGUAACAUCUGUUAUUAUUAAUAUAUGUAUGCUUGUCUUCUUUUAUGAAUAAUGGUUAUGUUCUAGUGCCUGCAUACAUUCUCUUGC